CCUCACUUCUCCCUUCAGCUUCUUCUUCCAAAGUCCAAACAAUCAAAGAGGGAAGAAAAAUGGCAGCCUCUUCCACUUUCGUUUCGCCCCAAACUCUCUGCUUCUCACCCAAAUCCUCUUCUUCGCGUUUCCUCCUUCCAACUAACUUGCGCAUGGUACGAACUGUAACUCUAGCCACUACUUCAAAGCCCGCCACCGGCCCUCGUAUAUCCCGUGGCAUCAUGAAGCCGCGUCGCGUUUCGCCUGAGAUGCAGACUGUCGUUGGAGUUCCCGAGAUUUCCCGACCUCAAGCUCUUAAGCAGAUUUGGGCUUACAUUAAAGAGCACAAUCUUCAGGACCCUGAAACAAGAAGAUGAUAAAUUGUGAUGAGAAGCUCAAGAAGAUAUUCGGAGGGAAAGAUCGCAUUGGGUUUCUUGAAAUUGCUGGGUUGAUUAGUCCUCACUUUCUCUGAUGAAUCCGACAGGGUUCAGAAACUAGGUAAAAACUACUGUUUGUUGGGCCUAUCUCUUCGUUAAGGAUACUGAAGAAAACCAUGCUUUUUGCCAUAUUACUAGUGUUUUUAGCAUAACUACUUCGUACAGAAAUACCUCUUAAGGGUUUUGUUUCGUUCUGGAUUGCUUAACA